AUGGCAGCUCCAAGUAAACACGUUGUCUUUGACGUCGUAGGAACGUGCGUUUCUUACGAAGCGUUCUACGAAGCCAUUGAAGCCCGUCUCGGAGAAAAGCUUCGGGCGAAUCACAUCGGGACCCGGAUCUUUGGAUACGCCUGGAUGGAAGCCGGAGAGCGCGAAUACACAUACCUAAGCCUAUCAGGCCACUACGUCAAAUGCUUCGAUUGCCUCCAUGCCGUAUUCUACCGCACCCUCUGGCAAGCGGGCAUCCCCGAGCCACGCAAGUUUGCUACUGACGAGGACCGCGACUAUCUGCUCGCGUGUUACCGAACGCUGAAGCUUCGCCCUGGCAUCGCGGAGUGUUUCGCCCGGCUCCGCAAUGCAGGGUUCACCGUUUGGGCCUUCACAGCGGGUGACACGCCCCGGGUGGCGGGGUACCUUGCAGCGGGCGGCGUGGACAUGCCCGAAGAGAACUUUGUGUCCUGUGAUACUAUCGGCAUUGGCAAGCCGGAGCCUUCAUCUUAUAAGUUUAUUCUGGACAAAUUCAAGCGAGAAGGGGAGGAAGCCGAGACAUGGUUUGCGUCGGCGCAUAUGUGGGAUUCUGCGGCAGCGAAACGGAACGGGUUCAAAGGAGCGUGGGUUUCUGUCUGGGAGAAGGAACCAUGUGCCGAGAUAUUUGGGGAGAUGGAUGUGGUUGCUGACGAUCCGGUCUCAAUGGCGGAUAAGAUCAUUGCGUUCUAG